UUCCGGGUUGAUGGAUUAUUGAUCAGCUCUCUCUCUCUCAGCCCGAGCUCCUGCUCCCCGGGCCGGGUUUUCUCCGUUGUUCCCACCCUCUGUGGGCGGCCCCUGGAUCUCGGGCCUCGGCCUCAAUCCCUGGGGACCGGGAGAUGUGGAGCUUCACCUGGAGAGCCGCUCAGUCGGUGCCGCUGUCCCGGCGGCUGAGGCCUAACCAAGCGGUGAAUCCUCGGGCUACCGUUUGGGAGAGGCCGCCUGGCGGCGCUGGGAUUGAGGAGCCGGAGCCGGAGCCGGAGCCGGGCCCUGUCUUUGGCCGGAGUAAGGUGCCUCAGAGUCCAUCCUGGCAGCCCAUUGAGGACAGAGAGCUACCAGAGGUAUCCAUGGAGAUGAUUGACCACCUGGAACGAUUGGCACUCAUUGAUUUUCGGAACCAGGAGGGUGUAGAAAGGCUGGCAGAUGCCAUACAGUUUGCCAACCAAUUGCAUGUUGUUGACACUGAGGGUGUGGAGCCCAUGGAUUCGGUGCUGGAGGACAGGCCAUUGUAUUUGCGUGCAGACAUGGUCACAGAAGGUUACUGUGCUGAGGUGAUCCUGAGCAAUGCAAAGCAUGUUGUAGAGGAAUACCUUGUAGCACCUCCAGGCAAUAUUCCACUGCCAAAGAAAGAAGAGAGAGACAGUCUCCUCCAGCAUUCUAACUGGUGACCAUGAGUUGUCAAAAUUGGGAUCAACAUUUUCAAAAUUUUUUGUGGGGCGGGGCAGCAAUUCCGCUUCCUUGCAGAGACUGCUGGAAAUCACAGAACCUACACCUGCUCAAAUGAAGACCCAAGUGUAACAAGAUUUAUUAAGUGAACCAGUUUUUCAUGUGAAAUUCAGUAAAAAGUGUAAUUGUUUCUCCA